CUCGCCACCUAAAAUCGUUUACAUCGAAUAAAAAACGGCGCAGAGAUUGUCUACACAUGGAUCGUUAUUGAAAGCAAGGGCUAAGCCGCGUGUUGUGUCUCAAAACCGAAACCUGGCUUCAGUAUUUUCAAUUGCGACAUUAUUUCAGGGCACUGCAAAUCCGGCGCUGAGUAUGACAGAAGCUGCUUUCCCACUAGCAACGAAACUUUCAAGCCGGCCCCGCCACCACAAGCGAAGCCCAUCGGCCCUUUCCAGAGGGAGACCGAUCUAGGAUCAUUCGAAGUGACAGUCGACCUGCACGAACACAUGGUGCCUCCAGUGGCUGUCAGGGACCUGCAUGUUUCUAAGGCGAGACCAGGAAACAAUGGCACUCUUCUGGCGACCAUGACCUGGACAUGGCCAGGGAAACACAAGACUCAUGGAACUGCUUCGUCAAUCGAUAUCCGAGCGAGCAAAGACUUCAAAAGCCUGGACGAACACUUCGAGUCCCAAGUGCAGAUCGACUCAACGAGCUUGGUUCAGGGCGACCUGAUACCUAGACCGGGAGGAACAACUAACGUUGUGACAAUCUCGCUUACACGUGAAUUGGCAGAGGAAAGAGAAAAUUUCACAAUGUGGAGAGUGAAGUUUGCUCUUAGAGUGAACAACAGCUACGGCCUGAUGUCUGGGAUAUCAAACAUAGCGCAGUUGGCCUACGACGAUUGGUCGAAAACUGGAGUUGGCUACCAUGGCAACAAGUACACCUCAAAGCUUCCAGAAGGCCUGCCGGCCAGGCCCACGACAGCUGGGAAAAGUAGCCCGAAAUCCUCACAAGGCAACUCCGCCGACGAUGACAGCGAUGACGGCACUUCAUCUACGUCCUCAACGCCAUGGCUAUGGCUCCUGGCUCUUCUUGUGGCAGCAGUAAUGAUGGCUUCUGCUGUGCUCUGGUUUCUCAAAAGAAGCAAGGGCGGAAGUGAUACUGGAGUUGUGGACAAGGGCCUUGCAGAACUAGCUGAGGCUACAAGUUCGCCAGCGUGAAAGUGUUUGAAUAUGUUAGGAGUUAUAAACUUCACAAAACACGGAUUUCCGGUCGCCUUACUACUGGGCUUGCAUCUGUUCCUUAAAUGAGCCUGGUGUCUCGGCGAAGAUUUUUACCUAAUGCCUAGAACUACUGUUGCGCAUAUGAAUUACUUUCUUCAACACCACUGCAACCACAAUAAAACAUAAUUUCUGCCUACAGAGUUUGCU